UUGAUCAACAGCAAAACAAAUACGGAAAAACUUAUCACAAUUCACAAUUUUGCUGUAGUUUUAUGGAAACGAAUAUCCAAAGUGAAUCAGAAAAUGAUCAUAGAUUUUUAAUUAUUAGCCAAUUAUACAUAAAAUUUUAUAAAAAUGGUUUGCUUGUUGUGUUAUGAGACGAAUCAAGAUCUAAUAUCAGUAGACGGCGACCAAGGCAAAAAGACAUCUAUUUCAUUCUUACUGCAUAAAUAUUUUGGUUUUUUAUUUGAGAUCGAACCAUGUGAUGGCGAUUUAUGUACGAAAUGCUGGGAGAACACAAUAUCAUUCCAUAAAUUCUAUACACACAUUAAAUCUGUACAUGAAUUGAUCGACAAAACCAAAGAAACCAUCCAUAGUGAACCAGUUAAAAUAGAAAUUGAUGAACGCGAUUUGAAAGAGGAAGAAAGUUGCUUUUCGGAAUGUGAUAAUUGGUCAUUUAAUAGUGAACAGGAUGAUUUUGAUCCAGGUCCAACGGAUUCAUCUGCCAAUAUAAUACCACCACAUAUAGUCGAGAUAAAUGAAAUCAAGGCGGAAGUUUCCAUUGGAGAAAGACCGAAAAAGAAAUCUAUCAAACAGGAAAGCAAAAAAGUAUCAAAGUCGUCGACGAAAAGCAAGCGUAAGAAAUCCACACGAGGUCGUCCAAAGAAAGUUGUAUUUACGUGCAAAAUAAAAAUGUGUCACGAAGAAUUUGAAACUCAGGAAGAGCUUAUAUCGCACAAAGUCAAUGCUCACAGACGAAUUCAGUGCACACAUUGUCCCGAUCUAAAAUUGGUCGUCGAUCUGAACAAACAUUUACGAAAUUCGCAUGGUAUUUCACAGAAUUCAAUGUGCGAACAUUGCGGUCAGGUCUAUACAAACACACGAAGUCUACAGGAUCACAUACAGAGAAAACAUGAAAUAACUGAGCCACUACAGUGUGACAUUUGUAAAGAGUGGUUCAAAUCUCGGGAUACAAUUCGAGCUCAUAUGAAUUAUGUUCACGUACAAGGACCACAGGCGUGUUCAAUUUGUGGCAAAAUUUCAGCAAAUCGCAAAGCAUUGCGAAAACAUCAAACGAUCCACAUCGAAGCGUGGAAAGAUCGUUUCAAAUGUAUUAUUUGCGGUCGAGGUUUUCGUGAUAGUACCAAACUCAAAGAACAUUCUUACAUUCAUUCGGGAAUUACCGACGCGUAUUUUUGUCAAUUUUGCGGUCAAUCUUUUCGAUUCGGAUCAUCACUCUCGGCGCAUCGAAUGAAGUACCAUCCCAUUGAAAUGAGCCAUGUCAAAGAACGGUUACAGCGCAAAAAGAACUUAGAAUUUAAAGUUUAGUUUAAAUCAAUUGACUCAUUUCAUAAGGAGUCAUUCACUUUUGUAUGCAUUCAAUGAUGAAUUUGAUUCUCUCAUACUAUUACAAUACUUAAUUCAAAUAUUUACAUCAACUUAAGUACAUGCUUCUCUCAUUUCAAAAAGGAAAUCAAUUGGAUUCGAACAAAAUACUUCUUUUUAGUAAUUCAUCAUUUUGACCACAAAUAAAUUGGUGGAUGCAAGCCAAGCAUACAUUUAAGAAAAAAUCUUUACUUAACAAUAUUUGACUUACUAGAUUUUAAUUGAUAGUUUUUAAGAAGCUGAUAUUGUUUAAAUAAGUUAAAAAAAUAAA